UUGAGGUCGCGUGAUCUUCACAUCAAGAAGGUGAAAUAUCCCAAGCCCAAAGGCAGACAAACCAAACUACUGGGCGAAGUGGUUUUCACAUUUAAGAGAGAUGGAGAGAGAGCAUUUUGAAGAGAGGGACCCGGGUCACAGGCACAGCUCUGGUGGCGCACGUAAUGGUUUGCCAAGUCCUCCACAUAGUGCACACAGCAGCCUGUUCCGGACACGCACGUUGAGGGCUCUGAGUUUGGAGAAGAGGGCAAAGAAGGUUCGAUUCUACCGGAAUGGCGACCGCUACUUUGAUGGCAUCGUCUGCGCAGUGUCUGUUGACAAAUUUGGAUCCUUUGGUGCCCUGCUGGCUGACCUGACCCGUUCCCUCUCUGACAACGUUAACUUGCCACUGGGUGUUCGCACCAUCUACACAAUUGAUGGCUCGAAAAAGAUAUCGACUCUGGAACAGCUUGUGGAAGGAGAGAGCUACGUCUGUGCAUCCAUCGAAUCCUACAAAAAGAUAGACUACACUAAGAAUGUCAACCCGAACUGGUCCGUGAAUGUGAAGGCCUUGACCAACAGCAAAGCGCCGUCGUCCCUGGCAAGCACAAAACCAGGAUUCAACGAGGCGAAGCUACACAAGGACUUCAUCCGGCCCAAGCUGGUCACCAUCGUCCGCAACGGCAUGAAGCCUCGCAAGGCUGUGCGCAUACUGCUCAACAAGAAGACGGCGCACUCGUUCGAGCAGGUUCUCAACGACAUCACGGCUGCCAUCAAGCUAGACUCUGGCAUCGUCAAGAGGAUCUACACUCUGGAUGGCCAUCAGGUCACGUGCCUUCAGGACUUCUUUGGUGACGAUGACGUGUUCCUGGCAUGUGGCUCUGAGAGGUUCCGUUACCAGGACGACCUGCUGCUGGACCAGCAUGGUAAGAUGGACGCUUCCUCUAAAGAGAGUCGCGUGGUGAAGAAUAGGAGUGUGGGUCUGUCCCAGCGCAGUCAGUCCACCACUGGUUCAGUGAAUGGGACUGGGGCGAGUCCUGUGUCAACAACGCCUCAUUCUCUGAAAUCACCCAGCCCCUCACCAACCAACCAACUCAACCUGAAGAAAAGCAAGAGCUCCACUGGCUCCUCUAGUUCCCUGGACUCUGCGAAGGUCUCCCUGGAGGAGGGGGAUGGCCAGAUCCCUGAGGUUGCGCCUGUAGUCGAGGAGACCCCAGUGGUGCCAGCCUCCAUUUCCGACAGGUACAAGGUGGGCCGCAUGAUCGGCGACGGGAACUUUGCUGUGGUGCGAGAGUGCGUGGAGCAUUCUACGGGCCGAGCGUACGCUCUGAAGAUCAUCAACAAAGGAAAAUGCAGAGGGAAGGAACACAUGGUACAGAACGAGGUCGCUAUCUUGAGAAGAGUCAAGCAUCCAAACAUCGUGCUGCUCAUCGAAGAGAUGGACACAUACAACGAGCUGUACCUGGUCAUGGAACUGGUCAAGGGAGGAGACCUCUUUGACGCCAUCACCUCGGCCAACAGAUACACGGAGCGCGAUGCCGGCCGCAUGCUCUUCCACCUGGCCAACGCCAUCAAAUACCUCCACAGCCUCAACAUCGUACACCGCGACAUCAAACCAGAGAACCUACUGGUUUACGAGAGACAAGACGGCAGACAGUCGCUGAAGCUGGGAGACUUCGGCCUGGCGACUGUGGUUGACGGACCUCUUUACACUGUGUGCGGAACGCCCACCUACGUAGCACCGGAGAUCAUCACUGAGACCGGAUAUGGCCUUAAGGUGGACAUUUGGGCAGCAGGAGUCAUUACCUACAUCUUAUUGUGUGGCUUCCCUCCCUUCCGUGGAAGCAAUGACGACCAGGAGACGCUGUUUGACCACAUCCUCAUGGGACAGCUAGAGUUCCCUCUUCCAUACUGGGACAACGUGUCCGACUCUGCAAAGGAGUUGAUCAUAUCUAUGCUAAAGGUGGAGGUGGACCAGAGGUACACUGCUCUACAAGUGCUGGAACAUCCCUGGGUCAACGAUGAUGGCUUGUCUGAGAACGAACAUCAGCUGUCUGUAGCAGGGAAGAUUAAGAAGCACUUCAACACCAGCCCCAAACCCAACAACAUGGUAAGACCUGCAGCUCUUUCAACACGAGGACUCUGCUUGUGUUUGUUGCAGCUUGACCAGGAGUUUGCCAUGCAGCGGUCGGGUUCAUUGGACUACUACCAGCCCUCGGGCAUGUACUGGAUCAGGCCUCCUCUGCUGAUCAGGAGGGGCCGGUUCUCAGACGAGGACGCCACCAGGAUGUGAGGCGACCCAGAACCAGACCCAG